AGCGAACCCAGGCGACUGUCCAGAUUUUCCAGCUGCCUCCAACUUCCUCAAUCCGGCAGCAUAAAAGAGCGGCGGCCGCAGCACCCCCAGCCCAGCCGGCGCCGCGCUCCCGCCGACAGCACGAUGCCGGGGCUGUGGUGGCCCAGUCUGCUGGCCCUGCUGGUCCCCGCGGCGGUGGCCCAGCUGCGCCCCGACCGGGCGCUGGACGCCCAGUGGGAGCUGUGGAAGAAGAGCUACCGGAAGCAGUACAACGGCGAGGCGGACGAGCUGUCGCGGCGGCUGAUCUGGGAGAAGAACCUCCGCUACAUCAACACGCACAACCUGGAGCACUCGCUGGGCGCCCGCACCUUCGAGCUGGCCAUGAACCACCUGGGCGACAUGACCAGCGAGGAGGUGGUGAGGACCAUGACGGGGCUCAAGGCGCCCCGGGGCCGCCCGCGCCGCAACGACACGCUCUACGUCGCCGACGGGGCCGAGCGGGCGCCGGCCGCCGUGGACUGGAGGAAGAAGGGCUACGUGACGCCCGUGAAGAACCAGGGCCAGUGCGGCUCGUGCUGGGCCUUCAGCUCGGUGGGCGCCCUGGAGGGGCAGCUGAAGAGGAAGACGGGGAAGCUGCUCUCGCUGAGCCCCCAAAACCUGGUGGACUGCGUGACCAACAACGACGGCUGCGGCGGCGGCUACAUGACCAACGCCUUCGAGUACGUCCGGCAGAACCGCGGCAUCGACUCCGAGGACGCCUACCCCUACAUCGGCCAGGACGAGAGCUGCAUGUACAGCCCCACCGGGAAGGCGGCCAAGUGCCGAGGCUACCGGGAGAUCCCCGAAGGGAACGAGAAGGCCUUGAAGAGGGCCGUGGCCAGGAUCGGCCCCGUCUCGGUGGGCAUCGACGCCAGCCUGCCCUCCUUCCAGUUCUACAGCCGGGGCGUCUACUACGACGAGAGCUGCAACGGCGAGAACAUCAACCACGCGGUGCUGGCGGUGGGCUACGGCGCGCAGAAGGGCACCAAGCACUGGAUCAUCAAGAACAGCUGGGGCGAAGAGUGGGGCAACAAGGGCUACGUGCUGCUGGCGCGCAACAUGGACAACGCCUGCGGCAUCGCCAACCUCGCCAGCUUCCCCAAGAUGUGAGCGGCUCCCGGCCGGCGCCGAGCGGCUCCCGGCUGCCCCCCGCUUCAAACUCGGCCUUUUUACCCUCGGUCUCUCCAGCGCGGACGUCCCUGCGGGGCAGCUCUCCCUCCCCAUGAGAAAUCUCCCCCAGGAGAGGGGACAUCGCUCCGGUGCACGUAAACGGCGCGACGAGCCCCCCGCCUGGCUCCGUUUCCUCAGGGCCUGGUGCCGUCCCCCUUCCCCUCCACCGCGCGUGCCCGGUCCCUCCUUCCCGCGGCCCCGGAGAGUCCAAUCGGGCCGGAGACGCUCGUGCAAACGGGCCCCGCGCCGGGAAGAGGUCGCGUGUGUACGCGGGCCGUGCCGCGCUCGGUGUGCCGCCUGCCCCCCGCGCAGGGUGCGGAUCUGGCCUCGCCGCGCGUCCCGUCCGUCUCCCCCCGACUCCGAGUCCCGGCGGGCUGCUGAGAACGAUACGAUUUUAUUUUUAAAAUAAACACUGUUGGGAAUAAAA